UCAAAAUCUUUAUAAUUUGUGUGUGCUUUCUCAUUUUAUUUUUGUAUUGCAGUGAAACAAUGUGGGCUGUCAUCAAAGUUCCAGUUUACAUUAAUGGAGGAGGAAUUCGAUACAGUUCAAGCAGCAAAAAUGGCUGCAAUAGUUUUGUUCGAGGUCGAAAAUAUUCGGUGAAGAUGUGUUCUACUCCAGGACAAAAUGUUCAGGUUUCAGUUAAAUCAAAAAUCGAGCCACUCCCUAUAAUGGUGAAUGGUUGUAAUGGCAAAAUGGGGAGGGCAGUUCUUGAAGCAUCAAUCGCUGCGGGACUUCAACCUGUGCCUAUAUGUUUUGGUGGUCCAGAAGAUGGAGGAAAAACUGUGGAGGCGGGUGGAAAAGAGAUAAUUGUGCAUGGUCCUUCGGAUAGAGAAAACAUCUUGUCCUCUGUCUUUGAGGAACACCCUAAUCUAAUUGUAGUGGACUACACAUUACCUGCUGCAGUGAAUGAUAAUGCUGAAUUAUACUGCAAAGUUGGAGUGCCUUUUGUAAUGGGAACAACUGGUGGAGAUAGGGAGAAGCUCUACAAAACAGUCGCAGACUCAAAAGUUUAUGCUGUGAUCUCCCCACAAAUGGGAAAGCAGGUGGUAGCUUUUCUCGCAGCCAUGGAAAUCAUGGCAGAACAAUUCCCUGGAGCUUUCUCUGGGUACAGUUUACAGGUGAUGGAGUCUCAUCAAGCAAGCAAACUGGACACUUCUGGAACUGCGAAGGCUGUUAUCUCUUGCUUUGAGAAACUAGGUGUCUCUUUUGAUUUGGAUGAGGUACAACUAAUUCGAGAUCCUGUGCAACAAGUUGAGAUGGUUGGUGUCCCAGAAGAAUACUUGUUAGGCCAUGCUUUCCACAUGUACCAUUUGACCUCACCAGAUGGAACGGUUUCUUUUGAAUUUCAACACAAUGUUUGUGGUAGAUCAAUCUAUGCAGAGGGAACAGUUGAUGCUAUACUAUUCCUUGCUAAGAAGGUGAAAUUGAAAGAAGAGAAGCGGAUAUAUGACAUGAUCGAUGUGCUGCGAGAGGGCAACAUGCGAUAACAGCUGAGUUACAUAUGCUGGAGUAGUAGGAUGUAUAACAUUUAGACCUGUCGGUGGAGAGAAACAAAUGGUGGGUUCAUUUUUCUUGGUUUGGUCCUUCCUGUGGUUCUUGAUGCUUUAGGAUCUGUAGUUGAAUGAUUCUUAAGAUGCAACAAUCAAAAUAAUAUGACUAGUAGGUUUAGCUCCAGCCUCCAUGCAAGCAUUGAGUGUGCUUCUCUUGUUGUAUGUUUUUUCUUCCCUUUUCAUUUGUACUACCAGAAGAGAACGAAUCUUAUUGGAGGUUUCUGAUGUUCUUGACAAGUAAAAUAUUCACUAUGUAUCGAGUUUUGACUAUUU